CGUGGCAUCACAUCGAGAACUUGGACCUCUUCUUCUCUCGCGUCUAUAACCUGCAUCAGAAGAAUGGCUUCACCUGCAUGCUCAUUGGAGAGAUCUUUGAGCUCAUGCAGUUCAUCUUUGUGGUGGCGUUCACCACCUUUCUUAUCAGCUGUGUUGAUUACGACAUCCUUUUUGCCAACAAAGCGGUAAAUCACAGCCAGCAUCCCAGUGAGCCCAUUAAGGUGACUCUGCCAGAUGCCUUCCUGCCUCCAAAUGUCUGCAGUUCAAGAAUCCAGGCAAACAGCUUCCUCAUCUGCAUCCUGGUGAUAGCUGGGGUUUUCUGGAUCCACCGACUCGUCAAAUUUAUCUACAACAUUUGCUGCUACUGGGAGAUUCACUCUUUCUACAUCAAUGCCCUCAAAAUCCCCAUGCCCCCCCUGCCGUACUACACCUGGCAGGAGGUGCAGGCCCGCAUCGUGCAGAUCCAGAAGGAGCACCAGAUCUGCAUCCACAAGAAGGAGCUCACGGAGCUGGACAUCUACCACCGCAUCCUCCGCUUCAAGAACUACAUGGUGGCCAUGGUGAACAAGUCGCUGCUGCCCAUCCGCUUCCGCCUGCCCCUGCUGGGAGACACCGUCUUCUACACGCGUGGGCUCAAGUACAACUUUGAGCUCAUCUUCUUCUGGGGGCCCGGCUCACUCUUUGAGAACGAGUGGAGCCUGAAGGCUGAGUACAAGCGGGCCGGGAACCGCCUUGAGCUGGCUGAGAAGCUCAGCACUCGUAUCCUCUGGAUUGGCAUUGCUAACUUCCUCCUCUGCCCCCUCAUCCUCAUCUGGCAGAUCCUCUACGCCUUCUUCAGCUACACGGAAAUCCUGAAGCGGGAGCCGGGCAGCCUGGGUGCUCGCUGCUGGUCUCUCUACGGCCGCUGUUACCUCCGUCACUUCAACGAGCUGGACCACGAACUGCACUCACGCCUCAGCAAGGGGUACAAGCCAGCUUCCAAGUACAUGAACUGCUUUAUCUCCCCACUCCUCACCAUCGUGGCCAAGAACGUGGCCUUCUUUGCUGGCUCCAUCCUGGCUGUGCUCAUCGCUCUCACCAUCUACGAUGAGGACGUGCUGGCGGUCGAGCACGUCCUGACCACGGUCACCCUGCUCGGGGUGGGCAUCACGGUGUGCAGGUCUUUCAUCCCUGACCAGCACCUGGUGUUUUGCCCAGAGCAGCUGCUGCGAGUCAUCCUGGCGCACAUCCACUACAUGCCUGACCACUGGCAGGGCAAUGCCCACCGCUAUGAGACCAGGGACGAGUUCGCCCAGCUCUUCCAGUACAAAGCGGUCUUCAUCCUGGAAGAGCUCCUGAGUCCCAUCAUUACUCCCCUGAUCCUCAUCAUCUGCCUGCGGCCCAAGUCCUUGGAUAUCGUUGACUUCUUCCGCAACUUUACGGUGGAGGUGGUGGGCGUGGGCGACACCUGCUCCUUUGCCCAGAUGGACGUGCGCCAGCAUGGCCACCCGGCGGUAGGUCCCGUGGGUGGUGGGAGAGGAUCGCUCCUGCUGCGAGCUGGAGACUGCAAGACGAGGCUUUCAGCUCUGCACUUCGCCAUCACCAACCCCAAGUGGCAGCCGCCUCGGGAGAGCACGGCCUUCAUUGGCUUCCUGAAGGAGCGGGUGCACCGGGACAGCAGUGUGGCGCUGGCUCAGCAGGCUGUGCUCCCCGAAAACGCCCUCUUCAGCUCCAUCCAGUCCCUGCAGUCGGAGUCGGAGGUGCCCAGGCCGGGGGGGAUGCGGGGUGUUCUUGGGGUGCUUGCUGGGUGCUGGCAAACUCAUAAUCAGGCCGCUGGGCAAUUUUGCCCUUGCCUGGGCUGUAUCUGGGGACAGAAAUGUGAUAGAUCAGCACUACUCUCCGAAGGUGCCUCGGCCCUGCGUUCCUUCUCCCCACGCCAGUCUGCCCAGCAGCCUCCCAGCGGCUUCCAGACGGCUGGAAGGGAUGGAGAGGGAGCCCAGCCUCGCGGUGCCGGUGCCAUGACAGCCUCUGGUGCUGAUGCGAGGACCGUGAGCUCGGGGAGCAGCGCCUGGGAGGGUCAGCUACAGAGCAUGAUCCUGUCGGAGUACGCCUCCACCGAGAUGAGUCUCCACGCACUCUACAUGCACGAGUUGCACAAGCAGCACGCCCAGCUGGAGCCCGAGCGGCACACUUGGCACCGGCGAGAGAGUGACGAGAGUGGGGAGAGUGCCCAUGAGGAGCUGGAUGCUCAGCGGGGUGCCCCCGUCCCCAUCCCUCGCUCUGCCAGCUACCCCUUCUCCUCGCCACGGCAGCCGCCUGCCGGGGAGACAGCCACGCUGCAGACCGGCUUCCAGCGGCGAUAUGGUGGCAUCACAGACCCGGGCACAGUACACAGAGCCCCAUCACACUUCUCCCGCCUCCCUCUGGGGGGCUGGGCUGAGGACGGGCAGUCAGCGAGACACCCAGAGCCCGUGCCAGAGGAGAGCUCAGAGGAUGAGCUUCCACCGCAGAUCCACAAGGUAUAGCCUUGUAGACUGGAGAUCUCGUGGGGGUUGCAGACUGGGAGCCGCCUGGGCAGCAGGAUGUGGUGUCAGCCUGAUUAUUCUCCCGUCCUGAGUGGACAGGAUAGUCCCGGGCUCCAUUUUGUUGCCAUCAAUUGCCGAAGAGACAAAACUGCCAGGCCGGCGGCUUUGCGGUGGCACUUUGUGUCCAGCCGUGUGUCAAGUCAACGCCACUCUGACUCGUGGGGUGAAUGCGUGUGUGAGUACAUACAUGUGUCUGUGUUCACAUCUGUGUCGUCCGUGUCGGAGGAUCGCUGCAGAGCCUGCGAAAGCUGACGUGACAGGACUAGCAGUGGGGAGCUGUAGGCUGGCUUGGAGGUGGCAGCAGCAGCUGCUCUUCGAAGGGAUGCGAGAUGGCACCAGCUCCAGAUGUCUGCCUGGAGCUGGGACCUGCCUCCAACAUGAAGGCAGGAGCUGUUGUGGGGGCUCUAGCUCAGCCUGUAGCACCACACCUGCCCUGCCUGCAGCCCUGGGGAGGUGCCCAGGACCACGUUUGCCCUCCUGGAGAGGACCAAGGUUGUGCCCUUCAGCCCAGAGCAGGACAGCAGUGGGGCAGUCACCCCCCCUCUGCCCCAGCACUCUGCAGAGGGACAGGCCCCAGCUGCUGCUGGCAUGGGUAGGGGUUGGAUCUAGAGCUGGUGGGAACAGCUCUGGCCGGGA